AUGAGACUCCGCUCCGGCACCAUCAAGCCGGGCGACGGCUUCGCGUCUCGCCGCAUGGACAAGCCGCGCGUCACCAAGCGCAAAGCCUCUGCUCCAAGGACGCCUUUGGCCGCCGCCGAGCAGAGUUUGAUCAGCAAGAAGUUCCGCUGGACUGAGAAGAGGGACCGGACCCUUCUCAUCCACCUCAUCGGCCUCGGAGGUGCCAUCACCGACGAGGAGUGCGCGAAGUUGGCGACGCUGUGGGAGGGCGCCACAGCCGACGACGUCCAUGCCCGCGUCGAGUUUCUGCGAGCCCAGCAGAUUCUCACCAUCAGGACGGAGGAGACGGCCGAGGCAGCUGCCGAGGCCUAUCCCGAGUCCGCGCGGGCCGACAAUGUCGACCGUCACGCCAACGUCGAGGAGUCCGUCUCGGAGGAGACCUCCUCACCGCACUCCCCGUCACCCUCCUUGGACCAUGGGGCUCUGACACCACCGUCACCACCAUCCCCAUCUCAUCCCUCUUCCUCGUCCGCCAUCUCUAACGACGAGGGCGAUGACGCCGACAACAACGACGACGACGAGACGCGGGCCGCUCUCAAGCCUGCGCUCAAGUCCAGGGGCAGCACCACCGCUGUUUCUGGCGGCAAGUCCGUCCAUUUCGCGUCCCCCGUCAUCGCCACGGUGCGGGCGAUUCCACGCCUGUCCGAGAACUCGGUUCGCGACCAUAAGAGGGGUCGCCGUUGGUUCCCCGUUGCGACCGCACCGUGGGAGGAUGAGAUGUUCUCCGCCGAAGACGCCUCCGACUCCGCCUCCACCUCCUCCUCUUCCAGCCGCCGCCGCCGCAAGCGCGCCGCUGCCGACGACGACGACGACGACGACAACGACGACGACGACCUCGCGCGUCCCGCCAAGCGUCGCCGCAGCACGAGCGGCAUCAGCAACAGCGACGACGACGACGACAACGACGACGACGACGACGAUAACGACAACGUCGAAGAGGAGGAGACGGAGGUAUCCUACCCCCUCUCCCAGACCGCCCGCUCCCCACGUGUCCCGCGCACGCGCGCCGGCUCCUCCCUCACCGCCAGCAACUUCUUCCACGAGCAGCCCACCAAGAAGGCGCGCGGGUUCCGCAACCAUCUGGGCGCCUGGCCGAAGCCAGUGCGCGCCAUGGCCGCCGUCGCCGAGGGCCUGGAGUGGCAAGAAGAAAGCGACGACGAGGGAGAGACGGCCGUGAUCGCGCGGGACGACCGCUUCCAGAUGCGCGACGAGAUCUUCCCGCGCCUCGAGUUCGCGAGCGGUCGUCGCCUUCCCGCCGCGACGGUCGAGCCGGACUUGGGCUGGGAGGAGCCUGCCGCGCGCGAUAGCGGCGGACUCUGGGAACUCGAGGGGGAGGAUGAAAGUGAGGAGGAGGGUCAUCCGGUGGAGUCUGGAGAUGUGGAUGACAUGGUGGUGGAGGAGGCGGAAGGGCUAGUUGGGGGAAGCGAAGACGUGUUCUUCCAGCCGGCGCAGCCCAUCUACGAUCACGCGCAGGGCCCGUGGGGCUACCAGCAGGCGGAGGGUGGAGUUUCUGCGCCUUACUAUGGCGAGCAGUUCGCGGGUGACGAAUACGGCAAUUCCGCUGGGGGCUGGUCCCUCUCGGAGGCGUCGCAGGAGGAACCCGUGGACGACGGCUCCGCCGGGCAGCAGUACUUCUACCCGCCUCCUCCUGUCGACGACGGUGGUAACACCCCUUACCCCAUACUCGGCAGCGCCUCGCCUGCGUGGAUGGUCGGCGAAGAUGAGGUCGCUGAGCGCCCUCAACAGCAGCAGCACGUGGAGGAGACGGAGGAAGAGGAGGAGCGUGAUGCUGACGACGACGAUGACUGGUCAUACUUCAACCAGUUCAGUGAUCAGUCUAUCCGGCCUAACAAUCCGUAG